ACUUGCAUGCCUAGCAGAUGUAUUGCCACCGACUGACAACUAUGGCUCGCCUCAAUGCGAGAUUACGCUUCUCUUGACCUCAAAUGCCCGACAGUACAUCUCUUGCCUGCACUUUCCACAGGAUCAACUAUGAUGAAAUAUGGUUUCCCGAAACAUCCCCGCGCAGUCGACGGUAGAACUAUUUAAGAUCCAUAUGCUCCAAGAGAUGGAGAUCCAAGCCGAUAGCAACAAGAACUUCACUCGACCGUUUAAAAAACAUCGUCAUACAAUCUAACCCUCGUCCGGUACUUACAGUCUGGACUUUGUCACGGCAUUGUUCGCUCCAUACCUAUUAGACAGCACCAGCCGCCUACCCAAUUCAACAGCCCAACACCAUGGCCUCAAAACCGAACAACGACCCCCACCGCAAAACCUGCCUCAUCCCCUACGUUGAUCCCAACAUUGCACCCUCAGACAUCCAGGAGCGCCUCAAAGUCCUCCCCUUCCGGCGCAACAUUCUCCUCAUCCUCGCUCACUCGCAAGGCCUCUUCCCCCACAUCAGUGGCCUGCUGGGGGCCUGUUUCGACGGCAAGCAGCGGAAGCUCUCGCUCUUCGACUGGCAGGUGGUGGUGCUCCGAGUGUCCCACGCUCUCGAUGCGAAGUAUGAGUGGGAUGUCAACGUCCCCGUGGCCGAGGCGUUUGGCUUCCCUCCGGAGAAGGCCGAGGCCAUGGGAUGCUCGGCCCAGGAUGUGAUCGAGGGCAGGGGGCCGUGGAGUGAGCGGGAGCAGGUGAUCUUGCGGCUAGUAGAUGAGCAGGUGAAGGGGACGACCAAUGAGCCGGACACGGUGAAGGAAGCUCUGCAGCAUUUGGACGUGGACGAAGUGGUGGAGGUAUUGGUCAUGACCGGGAUCUACGCGAUGCUGGCGGGGGUGAUGAGGGGGUUGAAGAUCGACGACGAUGAGUUCAUUCCGGACUUCCAGGAGAAAAUUAGAGGUGCUGUGUCUGAGAAUUGACCGGAGGCUGCGGCAUACGUACACUCUUAAUUGCAAUGCUAUACCUACAACUAUACAUACCAAUAAUCUUUCCAUAUUCGGAAUAGAUUACCCUAAU